AUGGUUAAACGCGUACUCGUUGGAUACGGUGUCGAUGUCGACGCUGUAAGUGGCUGGAUCAACACCAGAAAUGGAUCGCCAGCAAACCCAACCGAUGUCUCGCGAGGUAUCUUCGGUGCAACAGUUGGGAUCGACCGUCUCCUGAAGCUAUGGGACAAGUACGGGAUCAAGACGACUUGGUUUGUGCCAGCACAUUCUCUCGAAUCGUUCCCGGAGCAGAUUACCAAGGUUCGAGAUGCUGGGCAUGAGAUUGGACUUCACGGGUAUACGCACGAAUUCGUCUCGACGCUGAACGAGCAACAACAGAGAGAUAUCCUUUCAAAAUCAAUUGACGUCCUCACCAAAUUCCUGGGCAAGAAACCAAAGGGAUGGACCGCUCCUGCAUGGGAUACCUCCAAGCAAACGAUCAGACUGCUUGAAGAAUACGGCAUUGAAUACGACCACUCCUUUAUGCACCACGACUCCCAGCUUUACUACGCACCCUACGAACCAGAAUACAUUGAGACCAACACCGCCGUUCCCGCCUCUUCAUGGAUGGUACCAAUGACGUCCCUCAAGCCAUCCAAAGUAGUCGAGGUCCCAGCUAACUGGCACCUCGACGACUGGCCACCCUUCGUGCUCUCUCUCAAACAAGCCUCUACCCACGGCUACGUUGACACGCGCUCUAUCGAGCAGCUCUGGAAAGACCAGUUCGAUUUCCUGUACCGCGAAUAUGAUACCUUCAUAUUUCCUAUGAGCAUCCACCCCCAGGUUAGCGGCAAGCCGCAGGUUAUCCUCAUGCAUGAGAGGUUGAUUGAGUAUAUCAGUAAGCAUCAGGGUGUGGAGUGGUGUACCAUGGAACAGAUGGUUGCGGAGUUUAAGGAAGGGAAGCUUUCGGGCGCGGAGGUCAAGGGGGGUGUUGAGCUGAAGUAGAAGUGCUCAUAUGUUAAUAAAGAGCUUGAUGAAGAUGAAUAUAUAACAUGAAUGAAGAAAUG